AUGGCCACGAAAUAUGUUGAAUGGGGUUGUUGCGCGAAGGAUAAUGAAACUGAUGAAAAUUUGGUAGAUGAAAAAUUCAUUAAAUGCACCAGUUGCGGGCAAUCUUAUCACUACGCAUGUUUAUCUGUCACGGAAUCUCCAAACAAAUCUUGGAAAUGUCCCACAUGUUUAAGUUGCGCUCCUAAAGUUAAUAGGAAGGACUCAACUCCUAUACGUAACGUGCAGAUGAACAGAGGCAACAAAAGAGUCGCUAUUGGCUCACCAUCGCCGCCACCAAUAGCAAGUAACAAGGAUGAGAUACGGACUAUGAUCCGAGAUAUAAUAAAAACAGAAUUCAAUCUAAUUUUGACACAAUUCAACAAAACAGUAGUCAGCACAAUAAAUCAAGAAAUGGAACCUAUUAGAAAAGAAAUUCAAGAAGUAGUGGCAUCAAUGUCAUUCAUGAAUGACAGAUUUGAAGCCUUCGAGAAAAGUCAACAAUUUACUGUUGAAGUCAUCAAAAACCUUGAAUCUGAAAAUAAAGAGUUGAAAAACACGAGGUCUUCGAACUAA